ACAGAGUAAUCAUUAUAAAAAAAAAGUAUGGAAAAAUUAAAUCCAUGUCCGAUUUUAGAGUUCAAUGACAAUCAGUUGUUGAAUGUAAGGAAAAGUUUCGGUUAUGAUGACUUACACAGGCUGAAACAAGACGUGGAUCAUUUUCAGGAUUGGAUCAAUAAGCAACCCCAUUUCACGUUGAAAGAAUUUGACCGAGACUUUCUGGAGCGCUACCUGAUCUACUGCAAGGGGUCCAUCGAGAGAGCGAAGCAGCGCUUCGACAAACUCUGCACUUACACCAACCAGAUGCCAGAGUUCCUGAGGAACUUUGAUAUCAGAAAUGAGUUCAUAGGACUCAAUCGAUCAGUUCACACCUGUAUACUACCAAAGCCUACUGCGGACAACUACCGUGUUAUCAUAACGACCGUUUCUGGUGCUGAUGAUGAGCUAUUUGAUCUGAUGAAGUAUUAUAGGUAUCUGAUUGUGUUGGGUGAAUAUAUGAUGAACAAUGAUUACUGCCAUGGUUACGAACUGGUGGGAGUCAGUACCAACGUGUCGAUGACAAUUGUGAAGAAAAUGAACCCAAUCAUCAUGCAUAAGGCUGUUACGUUGAUUACUGAUGCUCUAGGACAGAGAAUGAAAAAGGUACACCUUGUAAGUGACUCCAAGUUCUUUGAAACCAUCCUGGUGGUGUUCAAGCAAGCUUUCUCAGCAAAACUAGCUAAAAGACUGAUAGUGCAUAACAAUUGGGAGUCGUUACAUGAACAUAUACCUAAAAAACAUUUGCCAAAAGACCUUGGAGGGGAUGAGAAGACCAUGAAAGAAUUGGCUGAAAUGGAUUUCAAGGCAAUUAGUACAGAUGAACACAUAGCAGCUGUGAAGAGGAUGGAGGGAGCUACCACAGACGAGUCCCGGCGACCGAGUGCCAAGUUCAACGAGGAGUACUCAGGAACACCAGGCUCCUUCAAGACAUUGUGUGUAGAUUAA